GUUUCCAAAUUUCUAGUAAUUUCUCCCAACUGAUAAAUUUCCAAACUCCAUUUUUACCCAUCUUUCAUUCGCUUCUCUAACUGCUAACGACAUGAGUGUUCUCAAUUAUGCAUCAGCACCACCAUCCACUUCCUUCAGUUCCAAAUCCGCCGGUUUUGUACCCGACGGCCACCAGUUCGGCAAAUUCUUCUUCUUCUUUGGCACCGGAAAAUCCUCCCAGACAACUGCUCUUUCAUCUCCCCAGUUGUCUAACUAUUCCGCUUUGUCAGCUGCUGCGCUGCAGGAUAAAAGCAAUGAUAACGGUGCAGUCACGGUUCUCACGGAGCAGGAUGUAACUACACCGGUGAGAAUAGUGGCUCUUGUGGGCGAAGGUAGCGUCAGUCCGCUCAAUUCCUCGCCUUGGACGGAAGUCAUGCGCCACACAGCUAAAAGAUUAAAAUGGGUUGAUGAAGGGUUUGAAAUGCUGGUGUUUACUGACAAUUUUUAUCAAUCUAAUGAUGAAACAAUGGGGAGGCUUCGAGAGGCAUUAAAACUUGCAAAUAUUUUGAUGAUUGUUGCUGUUACAAAUGAAGAGUCAGUCAGGUGGGUGCAGGCCAAUUCCAAAAUUGUCCCAAAUGUCAUAUGCUUUGAUUCUUCUCCAGCAUUAACUAACAAAUUGGGAGGCUGCAUCAUCCAAACAGAAACCCAAGGAAGUAUACUCAGCAAAUUACCAUUAACUCAACCAAAAAAAUUAAAGGAAUCAGAGAAAAUAGUUCGCACUGUAUCUGAGGCUUGGGACAGACGUAAUUCUGAUGAUAUACGAUUCUGUUUGUUGGUAGUAAUAAAUGCUUAUAUAAGGCCAGUUCCAAUAUUGCAGAACCUCCGGUCAAAGGGAUUUUCCACAUUGAACUGCAUGGUAAAAAAUUGUGGUCCUCAAAUAUUGAAUUGUCUGUUAGAUACAAAUUGUAGGAAAGCUCUUCAAUGCUUGAAUGAGUGCAGUCCUGUAGAUCAAGUAUGCAACUAUAAAUGUAUUGCUUCAUAUGAGAGUCCAAAACUAGAAGAGUUUUCUCUGUGUGUACUUCAGAAGCAUAACUGUCUUGCACUGGAUGCAAAAAUCCCAGAUAAACCUUAUGUCACUCCAAUUGGUAUGUUUCGAGGAGAGAAUAUGUCUCAUGAGAUUGCUGAAGAUAUUUUCGUGGGGUGGUUGGGGAACUUGGAUUGGAGUUGGCGGGUUGUAGCCGGGCAGAACCCAGCGUAUGACCAGUUUCCUUGCCAGUACCAGUUGUUCUAUAGGGGAAAGGCAAAAGGAUCAUUCUGGUAUGAGCCAGUUUUUCAGGUAAAGACGAUUGAGGGUGAUCUCGUCUGGAGAAGACGAAAAUAUCGCGUUAAAAGAGGGAAAACUCCAGGGACGUUUUACUUCAGCGUAUUGGACAAUGGGGUCGUUUCAAAUGAGUACUGGACAAUCGUUGAUGUUGCUGAUGAUUUAGGCUGGGGUUUGUUUCAUUACCAUGGAGCUGCUCGAGUUGCAGGACAGUCAUAUACUGGGGCAGUACUCGUUAGCCAAGACGGCAUGUAUCCAAACAAGAGUCAUAGUGAGAGAUUGGCUUCUGCAUUGGAUAGAUGCAGUAUUAAAGAGUGGGAGCUAUUUACUGUUGAUAAUUGUUCGUGCCAGAAUCCUCCUUUGGGUCUUCCUGAAGGUUCGAGUUUGCAUUAUCAGAUAAAAGUUGGAGAAGAUAUCAAAGAUCCAUACUUUCAAGGUUAGAGGAAAUAUGGCAGAUAUCUUGUCACGUGGAAUCAUAUGAAAUGAUAAGAGAAAAAUACUGAAUAUAUGAAGUUUCUGUUUAUAUAUUAUAUGGAUGGUAUGUUCUACAGUUACAAUAUAAUUAGGUAUUCGUGUUGGAUAAUCCUAUUCAUGGAACGCUACCGGGAAAAUUUGUUAAGUUGAUUCUUUUAUUACUUCAUUCCCUGGAUGUAUUUCUUUGGACACGGGAUUUUAUGAAUGCAAAUCUGCAAGUUUGAUGGCAUGAAUGCUACACCA